AUGUUCCCCUGUGAGCUGCGCGACAAACGGGGGAUCAUCAACCGUGUGAUCGCCGCGACCUGCGGGGUGGACGUCGCGACCGUCAUGUCCGUCGAGCCCCGCUCCGAGACGUCCUUCGUGGCCAACGUUCGGACGCGGGUGGGGAAUCAACUCGUGCAGAAGCUUCGCUGUCGGGUGCUGAUGGAUCGCCAUGGCUUCUGGUACGCCAACACCUUCAACCAGUACAAGUGCUUGAAGGAGUACUGUGAGGCGAUUCGACGGCUGCCGCAGCAGAGCCGACACUACCUCACCGGGGGUCUCCCCUGUAUGCCUUUGGUGGUGGAACUCUCCCGUUCCGUUGGGCGGGAUUCCAUCCCGUCCGAUCCAGCGCCGUGCUGCUUUGAUGCGAUUCUACCUAUCACUACCGUUGAUCGCCACCGUUCACGGAAUGCUAAUCGCAUGAAUGUGAGCAAUGUCAAUAAUAUUAAUAAUAGCAAUACUAAUAUUAACAGCAGUGGUACUGGUGUGAAGUGUCACAACGGGGGAAAUGCAAAUGCUCUUCAUAAUUGA